AAUAGCCCAUAAUUCCUUCACAAUGAAGAAGAACAACUCUGCAAAACGGAGCACGCAGGAUGCGAACCAGCACUCCACGCAGCCAGACAAAAUUGGCUGGAUUCGUAAGUUUUGUGGCAAAGGGAUGUUCAGGGAAAUCUGGAAGAACAGAUUUGUAGUGCUCAAAGGGGACCAACUGUACAUCUCCGAAAAAGAGGUUAAAGAUGAGAAGAAAAUCCAGGAGGUGGUGGAUCUUACGGAUUACGAGAGAUCCGAGGAAUUGCGGAAGGCCAAGAGCCGGAGCAAGAAGAACCACAGCAAGUUCACGCUGCUUCGCUCUCGACAGCCCGGAAACACGGUCCCAAAUCUGAUUUUUCUUGCGGUCAGUCCCGAGGAGAAGGAAUCAUGGAUAAAUGCUUUGAACGGAGCCAUCACCAGGGCAAAGAACCGUAUCCUGGAUGAGGUUACAGUAGAGGAAGAUAGUUGUUUGGCGCAUCCGACGCGUGACCGUGCAAAGAUACCCCACACACGUCGCCUGCCCACACGAGGACACCUCAUGGCUGUGGCCUCGACAUCUACCUCAGAUGGAAUGCUGACCCUUGACCUCAUUCAGGAAGAAGAUUCUUCAGUGCCUGAUGGACAGGACACCUCGGAAAACCUGAGGGCAGACCUGAACAAAUCCGUGUCCCAGCACACCUUAGAUUCUCAGUGUUCCAACACCAACACGUCCAAAUCCUCUUCGGCGGCCGAGGCCUCCGGGAAGUCCCAGAGCCUUCCUCGAAAGAGCGAGAGCUCCUGGGACUGUCCUAGCAGACAGGCCCACACGCCACAGUCCGGCAAGAAGCUGACGGCGGCGGAGAAGAGCCGCUGCGCCUCGAUGGACGAGAUUUUGUCGCAUUCGGAGAUGCGGUCCAAACGUCAGCCGAUCCCUCACUGCUUGUCUUCUCCGCCCGUGCAGCCCAUCGGUCAACUGCAGGAGCUCAUCACCAUGAAGCUGGAACGGACACAGGAGCUGCUCACUCAGGUGCAGUCUCAGGGGAAGGAGUCGCCAACGGGGAAGGACUCCAGCUUGGAGGCCCAGCGGGCGGAGGUGGAGAGGAUGCUGGGGGAGGCGGUCUCCACCUGGACCCAGGCACGGGACGUUCUUGAUGAAGUGAAGGAACUGAGAGCGCUGUGCAGACAGCUGGACUCCGCUACGUCACCCCCAACAGCGACGUCGUCGCAGAGCGGGAAAGCUAAGAGCUCUCAGCAGACCAAUCACAGGAAGAGCAUGAUGUGA